AUGGCACCUGGACAGGCGGCAACCGACUCAACGGGUAGGAGACAACUCCUAGACGGAGAGCGACAACCCCUCUUGCAACCGUCCGACGGGGAACCGAUAUCCUCUCAUGACUCGCAUACCCAGGGAGGAGGCAACACUCCUGUUCCCGGUGACGAGGUUUCAGAGACAAAAUCCGGUCGAGCUUGGCAGCAUGAGGACACCUUCAAGCUUCUCAGCGUGAUAUUCGAUUUCUUCAUCAUGGGCGUCUGUCAAACCGCCGUGGGAGCUUUGAUUCCCGACAUUGAGCGAUUCUAUCACCUCAGCGACGGGCCCACGGCAUCACUCUUCGUGGCACAUAUGGGGGGAUACCUCUGCGCCACGGCAGUCAUACAGCAUCUUCAUCUUCGUCUUGGUCGGAGGGGAAUUGCACUGUUGGCGCCUCUAUUCCGUCUCUCGGCUGCGGCUUUGCUCGCUACCGGGCCGUCCUUCAAUGUUGCUCUGGCGACGUACUCUCUCUUUGGCUUCGGGACUGGCCUCGCCGACGCUGGCUGGUGUGCCUGGGCAAGCAGCCUGCCUUACGCCAACAUUUGUCAGGGCAUGAUGCACGGAGCAUUCUCCGCUGGGUGUGUUGUCGGUCCCAUCGCUGCGUUGGCUGUUCUGAACAAAGGGUUUGAGUGGUAUGGAUUCUACGGCCUUGCUGCCGCCCUUCUGAGCCUAGAGCUCAUGGCAGACGGCCUAGCAUUCCGGCGCGAUACUGCUGCAAAGUAUCGUUCGACUGCAAGCGGACCGCAAGACAACCGGGUGUCAAACCCCUUCCGAAUCACCGCCACCUGGAUGUGCGGUCUGUUCUUCUUCGUCUACGUCGGCAUUGAAUCAUCAUUUUCCGACUGGAUCGUCCUCUUCAUGCGCCGCAUCCGGCACGCCGACCCGCUGACAGCUUCCCUCUCCUCCUCCUCCUUCUGGGCCGGCAUGGCCGUCGGUAGACUUCUUCUCGGCUUCGUCACGCAGUCCUUCGGCCUCCGUCUUUCUAUCUCGACGUAUAUCGUCUGUUCGACGAUCUUGCAGAUCCUAUUCCGACAGAUCACCCACCCCGCCUCCUCGCUGGUCUUUCUCGGCUUGAACGGGCUCUUCUGCGGUCCGUUAUUUCCCUCCGGCAUCUUACUCCUGGCGACGAAACUGCCGACAAAGGGACGCGUCGGUGCUGUCGCCGCCGCCGCGGCGAUGGGACAGGCCGGCGGUGCCCUUGCACCCCUGUCUAUCGGUCUACUGGCGGACAGGUUUGGAAUCAGCCACCUGCUCGAUGUUGUCCCGGCGCUGUCGACACUCAUGCUGGUGAUUUGGUGGGUCUUUUCGACUCGGGUCUAG